AUGGCUUUUCUGUUCGGAAAGAAAAAGGGUGCACACGGUCAUCGAGAAGGAACUCCUAACGGUCCGAUACCUCCUACUGCGCCCGGUGCUCUCGGCAACGGUGCCCCGGGUGGUCCUGGCGGUCCAACACCCUCAAGCUCCGUCAAUAACUCUCUCAAUAGCCUUGCCGGGAGUAUCGGCGCGACGUCGAGUCCAGACCAACGUCCGGUCGGGGCUCCGGGAGGUCCUCCAAGACUUCAACAAGCCUUACAACCGGGCCCUUUAGAAAAUCAGGCGCCGGGCCCUCAGCAGAACCAAUCGCCUUCGGGAGUAAACCCUGCAAACGUCGCUCUAUAUCCAUGGUCGCAACGGCGAUUAACACUCUCAUCAUCGCAUCCGUCACCGUUUCCACGCUACGGUCAUGCAGCUAACGGUGUUGCCGGGAAGGAUGGUGAUAUAUAUAUUAUGGGGGGUCUGAUUCGCUCGCAGACUGUGCGUGGGGAUUUAUGGAUGAUAGAAGGAGGUGGGACUCAGCUAGCUGCGUACCCCGUAAUGACCACAAGUGAAGGCCCAGGGCCCCGUGUCGGUCAUGCCAGUUUAUUAGUAGGAAAUGCAUUUAUCGUAUUUGGGGGCGACACAAAAUUGGAUCCGCAAGAUGUUCUUGAUGAGACUCUCUAUCUAUUAAAUACCUCAACUCGCCAAUGGUCUCGUGCGAACCCAAAUGGCCCAAGGCCCGCGGGAAGAUAUGGUCAUACCCUAAAUAUACUGGGCUCAAAGUUGUACAUCUUCGGGGGUCAAGUCGAUGGAUUCUUCUUCAACGACCUAGUCGCCUUCGAUCUGAACACAUUGCAGAGCGCCGGAUCUGGAUGGGAAGUUCUAGUGCCAGCCAGGGAAGCAGGAGCUGAUAUGCCGGCAAGCCGAACGAACCACACGAUUGUUACCUGGGCAGAUAAACUCUACUUGUUUGGGGGAACAAAUGGUUUAGCAUGGUUUAAUGACGUUUGGUCCUACGACCCCCGAUCCAAUUCAUGGAGUCAGCUCGACUGUAUUGGCUACAUUCCUUCACCCCGAGAAGGACAUGCAGCAGCGCUUGUGGGAGACGUGAUGUAUAUUUUUGGCGGUCGGACAUCGGAGGGGGAGGACCUAGGCGAUUUGGCAGCAUUCAGGAUUUCUUCACGGAGAUGGUACACCUUCCAGAACAUGGGGCCAUCACCAUCGCGGCGCUCGGGGCAUUCCAUGACAACUUGUGGACAAAAAAUUAUUGUGCUUGGUGGAGAGCCUAGUAUGCCUUCAAGAAACCAGGAGGAGCUUCAGUUCAUCUAUGUUCUCGACACAGCGAAAAUAAGAUAUCCUACCGACCACCAACAAGGAAGCCCUACAGAUAGGAAUCAUGCGCCCACUGAUAAGAGAAUUCAGGGGCUAAGGAAUGGAUCGGUAGAUGGACCAGGACCCGGUCCGGGCGACCCGAGAAGUCGGGGCGCGAAACAAGGCCCAAGGGAGAGUGUUACAACUUCUGGAUCGCCCGGCUCAACCGGAUCAACGCCACUUGCAAGUAAUAAUACCUCUGGCAGCAGCGUAAACUCCCGGUUACCACGGGCAUCCAUAUCGCAGGCCCCCGUGGGACCCCCGCCGACUCAACAGGCUCCAGCACCAAAGGCAAACGGCGUCCCUCCGGGUCCACGAAGUAGGACCCCCACUGGAUCAUCGGGUUUAUCUAUGAAUAUCAAUAAUAACAAGCCCAAGGACAACGCUUCCUCCAUACAACCUCAACCCCGCGAUGGCUCUGCUGGUGCAGUUAAUGGAAGAACUCCUACAGCGCAACAACGGAAGGGGUCUACAGAUGUUAACACUGAUAAAGAUCGCUCCCCAUCAUCACCAGCCCCCAAUCAAUAUCCGAGCUCUCAACUGAACAAUCUUGCCAAUGGUAACUCAGCGGUUAUGAGCCCUCAUAACCCAUCCGGCACAUCAGCCCCCGGGGGCGUACCCGCCGUGACAGAGAGCGGCGACCCGCCUACGAAGGCGCUAGAGAAAAAGGGCUCCACCUCGGGUCAAGAAAUGGAGCGACUCAAACACCAAAACGAUUGGUAUUCCUCAGAGCUUGCACUCGCUAGAAGGGCGGGAUACACACCUCAGACGAAUGGAAGCGCCAUCCUAGACGAACGAGCAAAUGAAUCAUUAGCAGAAGAUGACAGACCUUUCAUUGAAGCUAUGCUAGUGCUUAAGGGCGAGCUUUCUAGGGUACAGGGUUCGGUGGAUACUCAAGCCGGUUUGGCUGCCAAACGUAUCCAGGACAUAGAACGCCAGCGAGAUGUCGCUGUUCAGGAGGCAGUUUAUGCGAAAGCAAAGUUGGCAGCCUUAGGUGGCAACAACGCUACGCCUACUGGCGACAAAUCUGCGGUAGACAUUGCCAACAUGGAUGCUGAAAAGAUGGCCGAUAUGAGCCGGAAACUCGCGUCAUCACUAGCAGCUCAGGCGGAACUGAGCGCCAAAGUUGAAGUUUUAGCUGCCGAGAUCACUGCGGAGAGAAAGGCCCGCCAUCUCGCCGACGAGACUGCAGCUGUUGCACAGAGCCGUGUGACCGAAUUGGAUGAUUUUAGAAACCGCGCAGCAUCAGAGAUGGAGAGCCUUCGGGCAGAGCUACUUGGUGCUGAGCGAGCUUUUAGAGAUGAAGCCACUUCGCGCACUGAGGCUACCGCAGAGGCCAAGCUUUUAAGAAUUGACCAGGAAGAACUUUCAAUGAAGCUUAAAGAAGCCUUGGAGGACAACAGUGGUUACCAAGGUUUAAUGGGCGAAUUGAGGAAAGCUAUGGAGGCGAGCAGUGAGAGGAGCACCACACUGGCAAGACAACUUGAGGAGGAGCGAAUGGUCAAAGAGGGUUUGGAGAGAAAGCUAGCUCAGGUCAAGAGCGAGUAUGAGGAAAAGGUUGCGGAUCUCACAAGCGCCAAUACACGGCUAAGAGACACGGAGGAGCUUUUGGAGAAGUAUGCUGAAGAGGCCAGAGCUGCAAGUGCAGCAAUGGCUGCCGGGCUUCAGAAGGUGUCCGAGAGGGAAAUCAUGGGCGGUACUGGUGCGGCCGAUGAACGUGUUAGAGUUCUCCAAGAGCAAGUCGCAUCUGCCAAUAGCCUACUUGCGAAGAGUAAAACUCAAGCCGAUGAGACAGGCGAAAAUCUCGCACAAGCGAUGCAGAGAGUUGCGGGUUUGGAGUUCCAACAAGGCCAGGCCAGCAAAGACGCAAUUGCUCUUCGCAGACGGAUGGCAGAAGUUCUCGACGAAGUUCGACGACUAAAACAAGAAAAUGCGGAGAGCAGCGCUCGUCUACUUGACCGCCAGCUGGAGGUCGACUCCAUUACGACCAAACACAACGCUCUCAAGGAAAUCCUUGCCGAGCGCUCGAGUAUGGCCGGCUAUGACAAGCGUCGUUCCCACAGCCUUCAAAGCCCCAGUCCUUCCGGAACCGCGACACCCGAGCAGAUCAACCGUCUUCGUGAGCUCGAGACUCGUCUAGAGGAGAGUCUCCGUGCCCAUCGCGAGACCAAGUCGACGGCGGAGAUGCAGGCACAAGAGGUCGAGAAGCACUUCCGUGAGAAGCUUGAACAACUCGAAAAUGAUUAUCAGUCUGCCGUACACUACGUCAAAGGCACCGAGAAACUCCUGAAGCGUAUGAAGGAUGAGCUUGCCAAAAACAAGUCUCAGAAUGCCAGACUCCACCUCGAGCUCGAAGAGGCCCAGAGAAAGAACAGCGAACGCUCGAGACAGGGAUCUAUUUCCGAUAUCGGAGCCGAGAGCUGGGAGAGCGAACGAGCUUCGCUCAAGAAGGAGAUCGACGAUCUCCGAACAAAGGUCAGAGAAUCCGCCACCGCCCUCGACAAGCAAAUCCGUGAAUCCAAGGAAACCCUCGACACCCUCCGAGAAGAGCGUGACCAGUUCAGGAUCGGCCACAACCAACUCCAACUCCAGCUCAUGGACGUCUCCCAGCAACUCGGCGAAACGAGGCAAAUUGUUGAGAAGCUCGAGAUUGAAAACAACCAGCUGGAACGGCGAGCCCAGGACGCGGAGGAGAGGGUCUCCUUUCUGCUCGAUCGUGUGGAAGAUUCAGUGGACGCCUACCGUCGUAGCACACGCUUGGAAGGCGCCAAUGGAUCCAUUGAAACGGGGUCUGCCAGAAGCAGCUUUUAUGGAGCCGGACCCGACGCAAGAAACAGCGUUGCCUUAGAUUUAUUCGCUACGGAAUUAGAUGCUCUCCGCACCCGUUGGGAGAACACCAACAAGAACUACAGGCUCAGCAGCACCUUCGACUUUGAGAAGACGCCCACUUCCACCGAAGGUGGGGAACUGUCGAACAGUCUUGCCAUCUGGCGACAAAAGUUGCAGCAAGAGGAGAGCGAUGCCGCAAAGAGGAGCGACAGCAGAGGAGAUGAGGCGAGGAGUCCGGUUUCAAGGUCUCAGCAGCAGCUGAAUCACUUGCAAGCUCAGCAGCAGCCAGUGAUAGCGGGUGGUGUGAUAUAAUGACGUUUUGUUCCUUUUUUGCAUUCCCUUUUUUCACGAGUAUAUACUCCCUGGCUGGAACUAAUGAUUGCGCGGGGUGGUUAACGGUUGUCGAAUUGGGGUGAGAGAAUUAAACUAUUUGGGGUCUCGUUUUUUAUUUUAUUUUUCCUUUCUAUUUCCGUGAGAGUCUUUUGUUUGCUCUUCGAUUGGGAUUAAAUUCUUACAUUUCAUUUCAAAUUUUUUUUCAUUUUUUUCAUUUUUUCCUCUUGGUGUUGAGUGGAGAAUCUCUAGUUUCUUCCUUUCAUUACUUUUU